AUGAUGUACGGCGCCGAGCCCCUCCUUGACGGCGCCCAGUUCGGCAGCGCCCGUGGGAGGGUGGCAGAGGACGAGCAGGUCGAUUACGAGGCGUUGGUGGCAGGGUGGAUGCAGAUGCAGAAGAUGGGCAUCCCCGAAGCCUAUCAGCGAAACAAUCCCUUUGGUUCCGGCUACGCCGGCCCCAUGUACGUGGCGGCUUGGUUCUUCAAGUGGCUCCAGCUGAACCCGGACUACCAAGAGGACCUUCUGAAGGCUUCUGGUGAACCGCAGCAAGAUGCGGUUAAGAUGUGGGCAAGCAGCAUCGGGACCAACAUGGGCAAUACCAUCAAGCGGCUGCAGGCACGGCUUGGUGUGGUCAGCGAGUCGCAGCUGACCUUCGCACCCAGUGCCGACCGAAAGCUCUACGGCGAGUAG